UAACAACAACAGACGAGAGUCAGUCGGGGAAAUGCACCCAGGCUGUCCUGCGAAGUUCCGUACCGAACAUUUUCGACUGACGACUGACUAAGAAAUGGACACGGCGGUGUAUCCAUCUGUGGUGAAGUAAAGUAAACGCCAAGUCCCUAAGUGAAGGUGUCCUGUGAAUGAGCAUAUCUCUGCCUCAACAAAACCCCUUCAUCACUGUGAUUCAAACCCAGGACAGACCACACAGCUGACUUCAAGAAACAUCCCAUAUCAGCCAUAAGCCACUAUGUCAUAGCUACCAGUAGCUUAGCUCCCUCCCCUGUUCACCCAUUCCCUUAUACCCCAGUCCUCCCACCUUCCCCUCUGCUUUCCCUCAUUUUGUCUCCUGAUGUUUUAACUUCUGUUAGUCACCAGCAGCGCCCCCUCUAGCAUGAUGAGCAGCCUGCACCAGCAACAUCAUGGCAGCACAGGCUCAGAGCGAGAUCUUCACUCCGCUGCCUCUACUGUCAGCCUCCCUUCAGUUAGAAAGAACCCCAAAAGGCGCCGUCUGUCCCUCCACUCACUGUUUGGUCGGCGGUGCCGACCCGACCGUGACCCCAAACGCAAAUCCAGGCCUCUGCAGGCUGGAGCUGGCUUGGAAGGCAUCGCCACCCCCGAAACUGGACAGACAGAAACUUUCCAAGAUAAAACCUCUGCCCACUCAGCACCAGGCUUAGUGUCAUCUUCAUCAGUGUCAGGGUCUUCAUCAGAGUUCCUGGAGUGCCCUUUGUGUUUAAUGCGCCAUGCACGUGACUGCUUCCCAGACAUCAUGACCUGUCACCACCGCUCCUGCGGAGAUUGCCUUCGACAGUAUCUCCGCAUCGAGAUCUCCGAGUCUCGUGUCAACAUCAGCUGCCCAGAGUGUUCAGAGCGCUUUAACCCACAUGACAUCCGGAUGAUCCUGGGGGACCGAGCACUCAUGGAAAAGUAUGAGGAGUUUAUGCUGAGGCGGUGGCUGGUGGCUGAACCUGACUGCCGCUGGUGUCCUGCCCCAGAUUGUGGUUAUGCAGUCAUUGCAUUCGGCUGCGCCAGCUGCCCAAAGAUCACAUGUGGACGUGACGGCUGUGGGACAGAGUUCUGCUACCACUGCAAACAGCUGUGGCAUCCCAACCAGACGUGUGACACAGCACGACAACAAAGGGCCCAGAACCUCCAGCUGCGGAGCUUCAGGUCCUCCUCCCUCAGUUACAGCCAAGAGAGUGGAGCCGCAGGUGAUGACAUCAAGCCAUGUCCUCGGUGCUCGGCCUACAUCAUUAAGAUGAACGAUGGGAGCUGUAAUCACAUGACUUGUGCUGUCUGUGGCUGUGAGUUCUGCUGGCUCUGCAUGAAGGAGAUCUCUGACCUGCACUAUCUGAGUCCGUCAGGCUGCACCUUCUGGGGUAAGAAGCCCUGGAGCAGAAAGAAGAAGAUUCUCUGGCAACUUGGCACACUGGUGGGAGCCCCUGUGGGCAUCGCCCUCAUCGCAGGCAUCGCCAUCCCCGCAAUGAUAAUUGGUAUUCCAGUCUACGUGGGAAGAAAGAUCCAUAACCGCUACGAGGGCAAGGACAUCUCUAAACACAAGAGGAACUUGGUCAUAGCUGGUGGUGUGACACUGUCUGUGAUCGUGUCGCCUGUGGUUGCUGCGGUCACUGUUGGCAUCGGUGUUCCCAUCAUGCUGGCUUAUGUCUAUGGAGUCGUCCCAAUUUCACUGUGCCGGAGCGGUGGCUGUGGAGUGUCAGCUGGCAACGGCAAAGGGGUGCGAAUAGAAUUCGAUGAUGAAAAUGACAACAUAGGCAGUGGGGCUGCAGCCACAGACACGACGUCUGUAGCAGAAACACGGCUUAACAAUCCCAGCCUAGGCGAUGGCGCAAGUGUCGGUGGUCUGACGGGCCUGAGUCUCAGUGUCAGCGGGAGCCACAUGGAGCGUUGUGGCAUGUCGUCCACUCAGAGGGACAAUAUGAGUGACAACGCCAGCACCACAGCCCUUGCCGGAACCAGCAUCACCGGCAGCCUGUCAGGCAGCUGCUACAACAGGAUGGAAGUGCAGGCCGAUGUCCAGAAGGAGCGCUGCAGUCUGAGUGGAGAGUCGGCCACUGUCAGUCUCGGGACAGUCAGUGACAACGCAAGUACGAAAGCUAUGGCAGGAUCCAUCCUCAGUGCCUACAUGCCUCUGGAAAGAGACAACAGUCUGGAGGUUCAGGCAGAUGUCGAGUCCAAACAGGAGAAGGUGAGACACUCCAGUGUCAGUAGCAGCCUGGAUGAAGCGAGCUGUAGCAGCAGCACUGCUGGCCUUAAAGGAGCCAGCGGUGGCUCAUGCCCGUCUAACUGUAGCUGUAUGCAACAUGACAGUCAUGGCUGCCCCUCAUCUUCCUGGUCAAAGCAAUCCUCCCCCUCGAGUGGCAAAAAGAGCAAAGGAAAGCUUUGGAAAACAGCUAGUGGCUGCAAAGUUGAAACAAAAGUGAAUGAAACACAAGGAGAUAUGGAUACUCAGCUCCUGGAGCAGCGCAGCACAAACUCCUCUGAGUUUGAUUCACCGUCCCUGAGCGGCAGCCUGCCCUCUGUGGCCGACUCCCACUGCAGCCACAUCUCCUCAGAGCUGAGCUGCUCCGACCCUGAAACCUCAAGACCAGCUCAUCCGCCCUGCUCCGCCCCGAUGGACUCCCUCAGUCAUCGUGCAGCAACCGCCUUCAACGACAUCAUCGUCACACCCAUGCCUGAGGUUGAAAAUGACCGCCUGGAGCAUAAUCUAUCACGGAGUAGCCAUGUGGCCUUCACCCAGCAUCUGCUGUCUGCAUCUCCACCCGCUUCGCCUAUAGAGGGAAGUAGUGGCAUGUUUCUGUACAUCAGUGAGGAGAAUGUAGGUGAAGUGGUAGAUUCAAAGCCAGAGGAGGAUAAGAGCGUGAAAGAGAGCAUCAGUAACGCUGCAGUAGAGCCUGUGAGCCUGACGAGGAAGCACUGUAUACAAACAGAUAUAUGAAGCAACACUUCAGUCCUCCUGCUGUUGGCCUUAUCACCUAAUUCCACUCUUAACUGAAGCAGUUGCUUUACCUGGUUGGUCAUGUUUAUUUUAUUUUUAUCCGCUGUGGAGGCAGGCAUAUUACGUGAAUGUGAGACCGCAGAGUAACAAAGGGGUUCAAGUUGGAGAGCGAUUUGUUAAUAAAGAGAGUAGAAGCACAGAAAAGUCAAAGCAGGUGGUUCAAUGUUGUAAUUCAGUGGCACAAGGAGCAGAUCUGUGACGUCUGCUGUUGAAGCCAGAGCAGCAAGAUCUAAAGAAGGUAGAGCUGAACGCAUGUGGACAAGUGUCGAGCAGGUUAUCGGUAUGAUGAGAAAAUUACAGAAGGCUGAAUCCUGCUAUUAUGAUGAUCUACAAAGUCUGACCUUUUCGGUCUGUACUACUCAAUGAUUUUCUGAAUCUAAACUCGAGCUAAGGCUGGGCUAAAAAUCGCAUCUUAUUUUCAAACACUAAACUUGAUUCACAACUUUGUAUGCAUUUUUAAACAAAGAAACAAAAAAGGUUUUUAAAUGUCCCCUUGGUUUUAAAAAGCAGCCUACCGGCUGCCAUUAGAUGCAACAUUUAAAAAAAAAAAAAAACAUGCUACUGAGGAGACAGAGCCUUUAUUUUAAAGGAACAAACUCUUUGCUGCCACCAUGUUAGUCUCUCUGUGGAGAUGAGCUGCAGUGAUGCACCACUAUGAGCUAUAGAAGCCCAGCAGAAACAAACACCACUGCAUAAUCAAAUAAUAGCUGAAACGAAGUGGGACCAGUCAGCACAGCAGAUUUUAUUUUUCCAUAAUCAUCUAUAAAGUAAAGUAAUUAUCAUUGCUUUUGUUUAAAAUGUGACUGUUAUUUUUGUGCUACGUUUGCUUAUUUUUAUUUUCCAUUUUGGGAAAGAUAGUUAUAAUGUUGAAGCCCAGUGUUGGGUCCAGACUCUUAAGUUAAAUCUGGCGGGAGACUAUGCCCCGCUUCACUUUUAUUGUUUAUUAAGCUCCUGUCUGCUGUGCUAAAAAUGUAUUUAAGGUUGCACCAAGGCAAGAAGCUCUAUCUUUUAAAGUUUUUCUUUAAUUUUUAUUUUUUUUUGUAUAUAAUUUAAUGACGAGAGGAAUACGACAGGUCCUGUAAAUGCAAAAAAGUUUAUUUCGGUCUUUUUUCCUUGGAAGUGUAGCAUGACGUAUACGUUACAGGGCUUGUCUUUAAAACUGGAUUUACUGUCCAAACAAUGUAUUUGCAAUACAGUAAAAAACACCUUAGCUUCACGAUAAGAAGGGCUAAUGUGUCCAAUCAAGGAAAUACGUCGACGUUGUUGUACAAAUUAAACGUGGUGCAAUGAAAAAUUCCUCUUGUGUGUUGGAGCAUAUUUCAGCGGUUUAAUAAUCAGUAGUGAAUGUACAGUAUUAAUGUCCCCUUUUUCUGAUUCUCCCUUAGUUAUGAACAAAAUGUUAUUCUUUCUGAUUCUCAGCUUUGGGUGUAAUGUAACCACACUGUGUUAAAGGUUGUUCCUUAAAUCCUUGCAAGUGAUUGAUGCAAAUGAUUUUAUAUUUGUUGGACCCACAGUGCCUUUCGGAGGGGGAAAUCCUUUGUAUUGUGUUUAUUUUCUCAAUCUGUGUGUCUUCAAAUGGAUGAACACAACAAUCGUAAGUGAAUAAUUUUAUGCCUCAUAAAAAAAAUGUUUGAAGUGCAUGAAUCCUGAUGUGGAGUUUCACCUUCCUUGUAGCAUUUGAUGGGACCUUAAUGAUUUCCUUGAAAUCACACCUACAGUUCAGUAGGUAGAUUAAAACUUCUAUUUUAAAACUUGUGACCAAAGUGUUUUAGGGUGAAAGUCCUUUUUCAUAGGAGCAAUAAUGUGAAAGAUGUUUCUCUGAAGUAGCCAAAGUUUCAAAGAUGUUAGAGUUCAUUCAGCAUGUGUUGAUGAUAAACCCCCGUUUUAUCCAAAGUAGUUAGCAUCAUGAGUCUCUGUGCACUGGGAAACUAAAAGUACAUCCAGUGUAGCAGAAGUGACAUGAUUAAAGUUUGCAGGAUUAGCCCAACAAACUAUAAUCCUGUGAGUUUUAUAUUAAUAUCAUUAUUAUUAUUAUUAUUUGACGACCAGUGCCAGGUCUUUUUCUUUGUUUUUUGUUUUUUUUUAACUUGGGCAAAAUUGGUUUAUGAUGGUUGGAGAGAAAAUCUAUAUUUCUUAAUUUGCUUUAUAAUUUGCAUGUUAAUGCAUAUCUUUAAACAAUAAAUUUCUCAAUCAAG